GUACAGAGGAACAAGGUGAGGGAGAGGCAGAGAGGAAGAGAUGCUGCACCUGUGCGUGAUCACCUGAGAAGAAGAAUUAAAAAACACACACAGAGAAAGAGAGAGAGAGAGAAAGAGAGAGAGAGAGGAGUUGAUGAAUUAUAAACAUGGCGGGGCAGUUUCACAUCUGAGACUAUCUUCCUUCAGCCAGCUCGUUGUUAACAAGGUCAGUCUUCCAGUAUCCGUUGGUGCCAUGGCUGACCCAAGCUGGUGGAAGCUGACCUUCUCACGCAAAAAGAAGUCUGAAUCCAAGGUCCUGUACGAGAUCCCAGCCGAGUAUGGCAGCAACACUGGGAAUAAAGAGCACUCGAGCAACAAUAAUCCCCCUCCAGACCAUAAUAUGGACAGUCAGUUCAAUGCCAGACUGGAGAAGAUUGUAGAUAAGUCUGCCACCAAAGGCCGUCACGUCAAGGUCUCCAACUCCGGUCGCUUCAAGGAGAAGAAGAAAGUCCGGGCCACGUUGGCGGAGAACCCAAAUCUGUUUGCAGAGCACAACCUGAGUGACGAGAAACAUAAAAAGAAGACUGAAAAAUAACCAACGUGCUCACAAACACCAAGAACGCACAUAGUUGAUCACACUUGUGUCAUAUAUCAGCGUCACACUCAUACAAAGCUUGAAGCACAACCAUGCUGGGUGGAUACCGUUACCAAGCACCACACCUGUGUAACCAAUGGACUCACACCUAAAUAAACACCUGCUAUCUACAUCAGACAUUUACAAGAUGUGAGGGGAAGCUACACAAAGUACUUGAAACACUUUUGUAAAAGUUUUACCCUAAAACUGAAACAACACUGUCGUUUCAUUUCUUUAAAAAUGAUCUGUGAGUCUGCCUGACCUCAUGCAAACCUACUUAUGAAUGAAUUGUAAACAUGAUUGUAAUUUAAAGUUUAGUUUUUUGUUAUAAUGAAUGUAUAAUUUUGGAAAUAAAACCUAAUUUCUAUGUCUUACACAAUCAGUACCCAAGGGAAGAUAUGCCUGUGUGUAGUGCAAAAGCACAGGAUUUAUUUUUGUUGCAUUUUUACAACCAAAGCAAAUGAAGGCUUGAUGUUGAUGUUUCUGAAACACUGUAGAUAUUCCACAGAUUUGUUAAAUUAAACUUAGUUAGUAUAUUUUCUGAAAUCCCAACACAAAAAAGUGUAUUUUGUUUUUAAUAAAUUUAACCAGAUGUUAUUAUAAAGGAGUGCUUUGUUAUUUCUUCUUCCAAAAGUUCAAUAGGUCUGGGUUUUAAAGUUAUGGAUAAUGACAUGUUAAAGUUACUAUUAUGUAACAAAGAACAAAACAGCUUGUUGUUCAUUGUCAUUUUUCAUUGUUUUAUUUAGUUUUUGCCAGAUGUUCAAUGACCAAACCAGGUCCCUCUACUUCCUGAACCAGUGAACCCAGCAUGUUUGCACACUGAUACACUUUAAAGUUGAGCACAGUGCCAUCUGCUGCAGCCUGCAUGUCUUCUAAAAAAGUCAGACUACUUUUAGAUGUUUCAUCAGCAUCACAAUCAGACAAAUCCUCCACCUCAGAGUUUUCUCCUAAUAGUGCAUUUAGUAAUCUUCCAGUUUUUGACAGAGAAAUGGGCCCUGGGAAUGUAUCACAUAAGACUGAAAAAUAAAAGCAAUGUAGACUAAUUUGUAG